AUGUCUUUUGAUCAGAACAUCGAUGCCCUUCCCUACGUCGACAAGCAAGUCGAAGACCCAGCCGUCAAGGCCGCUGCUCAAGCACUCAUCGAGGCGGAGCUUCGUCAAACCCCUCAAAUAGAUGACAAUGAUCAACGUUUACCACCCAAUGUGGAUGUUUUCUCUAAAUCAAAGAGUCUUCAAGAAUUGCUCGCCAACUACCCAUCCGCCCCUCUGCAAGGGAUCGAUGUCACAAAAUACCAACCACCAACUGUCAGAGAAGGCGCCACUGUAGAGGAGUUGAAAGAAGCCGAAGAGCAGGGCAGAACAGGGGAAGGGCAUAUGGGACUGAGAGUUGAGAACACCUCCAUCCUUUCCACAUAUGGUCCUAAUGCGUGGCUCGUCCGUAACUACCAGCUGAACGCUCAGCUCAGUGAACUGCAGGGGACGCUCUCAGGUUUGAAAGAGCAAGUCACAGAAACGAACCGCACACGUCGUGUGUUUCAAGAGGAUGCUGGUCUUCAUCUCGAAAGACUAGAGGGUAGAUGGUCGGAUCUGGUAUCAUCAACAACGCAGCUGGAGAUGGCGUGUAAUGCCAUGGACGGAGAAGUGGCUGCGUUGGAAAGACGAGAGAAUCAAUUGAAGGCCGAGGUCGCCCAGCUAGAGGGAUAA